UUGAGUUUCUAGAUCUCACAACAUUUAAAGCUAAUUGUUUAGUUUCGCUUUGGCCUGUUAACGCUUUCAGAAAAACAGAAGAAAACUUGGGCAUAAAGUCAUCUGCGUUGUGGAGCAAAAGCUCAGAGCCAUACCUUUUUAAUUUUACAAGCCUGAUAGUUUCGUCUGUUUGAGUUGGUCAUUCGUUCAUUUGAUUAACUAGGGUUUUUGAAAGUAUCGUUCAAAGGUUUCUCAUGGAUAUGGAUUGGGUAAACGCUGCCCAUUCUAUGGGGACAACCAUUAUUGGAGUAACCUACAAUGGAGGGGUAGUGCUCGGUGCAGAUUCUCGAACCAGCACGGGAAUGUAUGUAGCAAAUCGAGUGUCGGAUAAGAUUACUAAACUUACAGAUAAUGUUUAUCUCUGUCGAUCAGGCUCUGCUGCAGAUUCUCAAGUGGUGUCUGAUUAUGUUCGCUACUUUCUACACCAACAUGUAAUUCAACUCGGGCAACCAGCUACUGUAAAAGUUGCUGCUAACUUGAUACGUACACUGUCAUAUCAAAAUAAGAGCAUGCUCGAGACCGGCCUUAUAGUUGGUGGGUGGGACAAAUAUAAUGGUGGAAAAAUUUUUGCAGUACCUCUUGGUGGGACAAUGUUAGAGCAACCAUUUGCUAUCGGAGGAUCUGGUUCAAGCUAUUUGUAUGGUUUCCUUGACCAGGCAUGGAAGGAGGGAUUGAGCAAGGAAGAGGCUGAGGCUCUCGUUGUAAAAGCUGUUUCUCUGGCAAUAGCUAGAGAUGGAGCAAGUGGAGGGGUUGUGCGAACUGUUGUGAUAAAUUCUGAUGGGGUGACACGAAACUUCUAUCCUGGAGAUAAGCUUCCUCUAUGGCAUGAAGAAUUGCCUUUGCGCAAUUCAUUAUUGGAACAACCAGAUAGUGAGGUGGAACUUAUGCAUGCGUAGAGUUUAUUGUUCUGACUUUUGCAAUUAUGUUAUUUAAUACAGUUGUUGCACAAUGCUGAAAGAGCAUUCAAAACAAGCAUUAUUAGACUGAAAAGGUAUUUUAUGGUUAAAAUGCACGUUGAUAGUGAUUGGAAUCACCAAUUUGUUUACGAGGAUAACAUGUUGAUGGCACAAGCUUUAUUUGCCAAAUUUUAAAUAUGCCGAUAGGCAUUAGCCUAUUUAAUUGGGUGGGUGGCAGUGAAAAAUCAAUGAACUAAUAUUUUUAAGUGCAAGGCAAAAAGGAAUUGAGCGUUUUAUACC